ACCGGACGAAAGGUCACACUACCACGCACAUGUUUUUGUUUUGUUGACAAAAUAAAUUGCGAUGUCUCGAAAGAAGUGGUCGUCGCUGGACAAACCCCCACUCUCAGAUGCAGUGCUGCAGGUUGUGCAGAGCUUCGGAUUCCAGCAGAUGACGCCCGUCCAGACGGCGGCCAUUCCGCUGCUUUUGGCCCGCAAGGAUGUCUCCGCGGAGGCUGUGACGGGCAGUGGAAAAACACUGGCGUUCCUCGUGCCCCUCUUGGAAAUCCUGCAGAGACGCCACAAGGAGACCCCGUGGGGCCCGAAGAGAUCGGCGCCCUCUGAUUCACCCACCAGGGAACUGGCCCGACAAAUCUCAGAAGUGCUGGCACAGUUCCUGGAGCACGAGGAUCUGGAGCACCUGAAUCAACAGCUGAUUGUGGGUGGCAACAGCAUCGAGGAAGACAUAGCCACGCUGCGCAAGGAGACGCCCUGCAUUCUGGUGUGCACGCCCGGACGACUAGAGGAUCUCUUUCAGCGCAAGGGCGAUGAUCUUAAUUUGGCGGCACGAGUCAAGAGUCUGGAGUUCCUGGUCCUCGACGAAGCCGAUCGUCUGCUGGCUGGCUUCAAAACGAGUGUAAAUAACAUACUGGGCUACUUGCCCCGUCAGCGACGAACUGGACUCUUCUCCGCCACAACCACCGAAGUUACGGAUUUAAUCCGAGCGGGCUUGCGAAAUCCAGUACUUGUUUCGGUCAAGGAGAAGGCCUCAGUGAACACGCCCGCCCGCCUGCAGAACUUCUACAGGAUCGUCGAGCCAGAACGCAAGUUCCUGGCGCUGCUGAAGUUUAGUUCACCCGCCACUCGCAGUGGGAAGGUAAUGGUCUUCUUUCCCACCUGCGCCUGUGUAGAGUACUGGGCGGAGGCCUUGCCACCUCUUCUGCCUAAACGCACAGCUGGCAUCCACGGAAAGAUGAAGAACAAGAGGGCCAAUGUGGUCGAGAAAUUCCGGAACACACCGCAAGCUGUACUACUCUGCACGGAUGUACUGGCGCGCGGCUUGGAUGUGCCCGAGAUCGAGUGUGUGCAGUGGGAUCCACCCUCGACUGCCUCCAGCUUUGUGCAUCGCGUGGGACGCACUGCUCGGCAGGGAAACGAGGGAAACGCUCUGGUGUUUCUCCUUCCCAGCGAGGAUGCCUAUAUACACUUCCUGAAGAUCAACCAGAAGGUGGAGCUGAAUGAACUGCCCACCGAAGAGGCGGAGGACGAUGCUGUUGCUGAAAAGAAGCAGCUGCCAGCCAUUUUAGAUCAACUGCAUCGGCUGCAGGUGGCAGACAAGGGCGUUUAUGACAAGGGAAUGCGCGCUUUUGUCUCAUGUGAGGGCAUACACAAACACGAGUGUAGUGCUAUUCUCCGGCUAAAAGCUGAUCUGGGCAAAAUGGCUACUGCUUACGGCCUCCUGCAACUGCGCAUGCCGGAGCUGAAGAACUACAAGGAAGGCGGCUAUAUUGCGCCCACUUUCGAGGUGGACCUCACCAAGCUCACCUACAAGAACGCCCAAAAAGAGCAGGUCCGACAGAAAAAAAUGGAAACGUACCAGGAAACGGGCAGCUGGCCGGGCCAGAAACAGCACAAGAAGCGCGUCGAGUCCUGGGAUCAGACCAAGAAGGCCAAACUGGAUGCCAAGUCGAAGAAGGAACUGCGCACCAAGAAGCAGCGAAAGAAAGCGGCGGAGGCAGAGGCGGGAUCUGGAAAGGGAAAAAAGAGACAGCAGUUCAGCCAGGAGGAUCUCGACGUGGCCAGCGAUAUUAGGUUGUUCAAGCGGCUUAAAAAGAACAAGAUCAGCGAGGAGGAAUUUGACAAGGCCAUGGGCAUCGAGGGCGACAAUGAAUGAUAACAACAUCUUUUGGGAUCAUUUUUAUGAAAAUAAAAAUCUGUUAGAAAAA